AUGGUGCCGAAGAUGUGCAUAGAGUGGACAGUAUUCCGCGGUUGUUACCAUAGAGUCUCCACUGCAGUUUGCAGAUCUUCCAGUCGCUGGUUCAGUUCAAAACUGAAAUGUAGAUGGCGAUCAGAAAAACCCAACAAAGCCGAACCGCACCUUAGGAAUCGCGAUAUUGCGAUCCGUCUAGUCAUAGACGUCGUGGAUUGCCUUAAUCCCCUAUUCAUCCUGUCGAUCGCGUCUCUGGCCGAGAACGUAGUCCAACAGCGGCCGGUGCCGCAAAGUGAGAUGCAUCAACGUUGCUUUCUCCCGUGCCAGGAGGCGAAAUUAGAUGUUGGUCGGCAGGAGGCGAUGUUUAGCACAGGUUCACAAAAUAAAAAGGUUAUAAGAAUUACAGCUGCCAAGGCUGUGGAUGCCCAGUGCUCUCUCCGUGGUAGCGUGAUCUGUCCCAAGGCGGGUGUUAAAGACAUCAAGGGCAAUCAGUUGGUCCGCCUUCAGCACAAACGCUAG